CAGUCUCAGGCCUCUACGUAUUCUCUGAAACACAAUGCACAAGAAACACAAAGACAUCAUUUUUAUCAUUAUUCUUAGCUUUAGCUUCUCAUUAAUCUCUUCUCUUCUAGAUUCCUUCCUGCAACCAACUGUCUUUCUUCAGACCCACCAGAGAGCAAAACUAGGAUUUCUUAUAAAAUGGUUCUAGGUCUAAAAUCAAAGAACCGAAAAGGGACUUUAGUACAGGUUGAUUACCUCAUUCAUAUUCAAGGAAUCAAGCCUUGGCCCCCAUCUCAGUCUCUGAAAUCUGCAGAAUCUGUAUUGCUUCAAUGGGAGAAUGGUAACCAGAAUUCUGGAUCUUUCACUUCCAAUGUUGGUGAUGGGAAAAUUGAAUUUAAUGAAAAUUUCAGGCUUCCAGUUAUGUUAUACAGGGAAACAACCAGAAAUGGCACUUCUUGUGACAGUUUAUUAAAGAAACACUUGGAGUUAAGCUUGUAUGAACUUCGGAAAGAUGGGGCAAUGAAAGGUAAACUCUUGGGAUCAGCUGUUAUAAACCUCGCAGAUUAUGGAAAUAUCAAAGAUUCCAUAACCAUAAGCUCUCAGAUCAAAUUCAAGAAGAGUUCUAAGAGUACAGUGCAGCCUGUUCUUUAUGGUAGUAUCCAACCAGUUGAUAGAUAUAACUCCAGCUUGUCUAAAGAAGUAACACCGGACAAGGAUGUAAGUGAAGGGAAUGAUAAGGAAAAUGAGAUAGCCUCAUUCACUGAUGAUGAUAUUGAUGAUAAUGUUUCCUCACAUUCAUCAAGGGCUGUUUCAUCUUUUGCUUUUGAAUCUAGUAAAUGUUCACCAGCUCAGGAAGAAAAGAAUAUACCAGGAUCAGUAAACAAGGAUACAAGGAGGGCCAAUGUGGAGCCUACUCUGUCCUUAGGUGUGAGACCUUCAAACCCAGAGGUGAAUUCUAUGGCUGAAGCUUUCAAAUAUCUAAAUGGAGCUUCCUCCACUCCAUCAUCAUCAAGCUUAUCAUCUAAGUUGCAGAAUCAUGAAAAUGAUAUUGGGGCCAAAGUUGUGUUGACCCAUAAUUGUACUCAGCUGGAUAAGAACUCAAACCAUGUAGGCCUUCAUGUGUAUCAAACCAAUCAAGAGGCUGACAGAAAAGGUUGUAAUGAUGAUAAGUGUGGACUAGAAAUGGCUAAAACUAGCAUUGUACAUGUUGGUCUUGUGGAAGAUAAACCGAAAAAGGAGCAGGAAGAUAAUGGACAGAAUGAGGGGUUGAAGAACCAUGCAUUAGAGGUGGAACAAUUUGUUGGAAUGCUACCUCAAGAAGCUAUGAAAAAGCAAGCUAAUUUAAGGAGUAACACCCUUGCAUCCAGUGGGAGGUCAAAUGGAGUGCAGGGCAAUACACGCGGGGAUAAAUUAAAGCAUUUGAAGUCUGUUCAGCUACAGUUUAAUGCAGCUGAAAAUGAUGAAUGCUUCAACAAGAUCCAGUUCAGGAAGAAGGCAGAGAAAAUCGUUCAUGAAAAUUUUCAAAAAGGUGGUUUAAAUUCCAUACCAAGUGAAAAAAAGAAGAAGGAAAUUGAUGUUGCUGGAGAACCCAAAGUUGAUGCAAGUUUUGCACCGAGUGAUAGAGAACAAAGAGAAAGCAGCUUUUCUGGAUUUAAAGUUGAAUUGGAGUCUGAAGUCGAAAUCCUCAAGGAAGAGCUGAUGGAGGCUGCUGUUCUUGAGCAUGGGAUUUACUCAGUUGUUGCUGAACAUGGGAGUUCCACAAACAAAGUUCAUGCUCCAGCAAGGCACCUUUCCAGGUUCUAUCUUCAUGCUUGGAAGGCAAGUUCACGGGCUAAGAGGGCAAGUGCUGCUAGAGCUAUCAUCUCAGGAUUGGUUUUGACUUCUAAAGCAUGUGGAAGUGAUGUUCCUAGGUUAACUUUUUGGCUGUCAAAUUCAAUUGUGCUGAGAGCAAUUGUAAGUCAGGUUGUUGAGAAAUUAGAGAUUGCAGCAGCACCUUCCAUCAAUACAAACGGAAGUCAAAAGCGCAGGCAGGAGGCCUCACCUUUGAAAGAUGAGGAAACUGAUAAAUCAAAAAGUUCUGAUGAGUGGGAGAAACAUCAAACAUUUGUAGUAGCACUGGAAAGAGUUGAAGCUUGGAUCUUCUCACGAAUUGUUGAGUCAGUUUGGUGGCAGACUCUGACUCCUCAUAUGCAGCCCUCAGCCAUGAAGGGCUUAAAUUCAAAGAAGACGCAUGCUCAGAGGUCCGGAUUGGGGGACAAAGAACAUGAGAAUUUUGCUAUUGAUCUAUGGAAGAAAGCCUUUCAGGAUGCAUUUGAAAGGCUGUGUCCUAUUCGAGCUGGGGGCCAUGAAUGUGGUUGCUUGCCUGUGCUGGCUAGACUGAUAAUGGAGCAGCUCGUGCGUAGAUUAGAUGUGGGCAUGUUCAAUGCCAUUCUUCGUGAAUCAGCAGAUGAGAUGCCAACAGAUCCUAUUUCUGACCCCAUAAGUGAUCCAAUGGUCCUCCCAAUACCAGCUGGAAAAUCAACCUUUGGGGCUGGCGCACAAUUGAAAAAUGCUGUAGGAAACUGGUCUAGAUGGCUCACAGAUUUAUUUGGAAUUGAUGAUAAUGACUCUCUGGAAGAUUUGAAUAAACAUGAUAGCAACAAGAUAGAAUGUGAUACUUCAUUGAAGGCUUUCCACCUCCUUAAUACGUUGAGUGACCUCAUGAUGCUUCCAUUUGAAAUGCUUGCAGAUAGAUCAGCAAGAAAAGAGGUAUGUCCUAUAUUUGGCACACGGAUCAUCAAAAGGGUUCUUAACAAUUUUGUCCCAGAUGAAUUCAACCCAGAUCCUAUCCCAGAGGCAGUUUUCAAGUCCCUGGAUUCUGAGGAACUUACUGAAGAUGGGGAGGAGUCUAUCACAAUCUUUCCAUGCAUGGCCGCUCCCGCCAGUUAUUCACCACCUCCAGCAGCUUCACUAACAAAGAUUAUAGGGGAAGUGAAAAAACAAACAAUGCAAAGGACUGGAUCAGCAGUGCUUAAAAAAUCUUACACUAGUGAUGAUGAACUUGAUGAGUUUGAUUCACCUUUAAAUUCCAUUAUCAUUGACAAUUCCAGGAUCUGUGCUCCAACAGCAUCAAAUUGGAUGCCAAAAAGUAAUGGAGGCAGGAAAGUUGUUAGAUAUCAACUCCUUAGACAAUUAUGGAACGAUGGUGAAUAGCUCUGUUCAUUUCCUGCCUCAGUCUCAUCCUCCUUUCUUGUCCCUGUUCUUGCUUCCCAUAUAAUAUGUACAUAUAGAAACAUAUAAUUUUUGCAGGCUGGUGUUAAUGUUUUGAGCUGUAAAUAUUUGAUUUUAUAAGUUUUGAAACUGGGCGUACUAUCC